UGUUAAAAAUAAAAUAUUGGUAAAACUAUAAAUAAAAAGAAAACUAUAAUAAAACUACAAAUAAAGAGAAAUUAAUAAAACUACAAACAAAAAAAUAAAAAAUAAAACUACAAAUAAAAGUAGAAAACAUUAAUAAAACUACAAAUAAAGAGAAAGCAUUAAUACAACUACAAAUAAAGAGAAAGCAUUAACACAACUACAAAUAAAAAAAAUAAAAAAAAUAAAACUACAAAUAAAAAUGUAAAACAUUAAUAAGAACUACAAAUAAAAAUAGAAAACAUGAAUAAAAACUACAAAUAAAGAGAAAACAUUAAUGAAACUACAAAUAAAAACAAAAACAUGAAUUAAAAACUACAAAUAAAAAUAAAACACAUGAAUAAAACUACAAAUAAAAAUAGAAAACAUGAAUAAAACUACAAAUAAAAAGAAAACAUGAGUAAAACUACAAACAUAAAUAAAUCCUGUUUGGGGGAAACAGCGCCCCCCCUCCGCCGGCCGGUGUCACUCAGCGGCGGCGGCCGGUACUGCACCCUGACUGCUCCGGUCCCGGCUUGUUGUUCAGUUCUCCGGUUCGGCCCCGGAGGGCGCAUGCGCAAUGAGAUGAAUGGCCGCUGCACCUGACCAUGGCCCACCAGGAACUGAUCCUGAUCCGUUAAUCCCGCUCGGCUCGGCUCGGCUCGGCUCGGUAACGGAGACCGACAGUAGCAGCUCAGCGGGCCGGAGCUCCGUCUGACCGCCGCACCUCUCCGCUCCGGGCUCGGCCUCCGGGAUCCAGACCGGCCAGUCCGCGUCCCCCCCCCCCCCUUCCCCCGAGACCCCGGGACCCGGGACCCGGACCGACCGGGCCGCUCCGUGAAGCUCCGUGAAGCUCCGUGCCGCGCCGGGACGUCCACCCUCCUGCAAUGGGAUGCUGCGGUAGCACGGAGAGGACAAAGAGAGAAUGGAGACCGCUGGAGGACCGGAGCUGCACCGACCUGCCCUGGUUCCUGCUCUUCACCGUCUUCUGCGUCGGCAUGGGCGGGAUCUGCGGCUUCACCAUCGUCACCGGCGGCGCGGCGCGCCUCGUCCUCGGCUACGACAGCUACGGCAACACGUGUGGUCAACGCAACGAGCAGCUGGAGGGGGUCCGGCUCAGCGGCCUGGACCACCGCGACAGGAAGUUCGUCUUCUUCUUGGACCCCUGUAACAUCGACCUGGUCCAGAGGAAGAUCCGGUCCAUGGCUCUGUGUGUGUCUCUGUGUCCCACCGAGGAGCUGAAGACGUACCAGGACCUGAAGAGGUUCGCCAUGCUCAACGGUUCUGAGCUCUGUUCCUACGAGUUGGCGGGUCAUAAAUACCCCGGGCUCCCCGACAGGUUCAACAAGUGCCCCAAACUACCGGUUCCACCCAGCAAGCCCCUGCCGGUGUUUAACCGCUGCACGCCGACCGACAUCUCGUGCUACGCCAAGUUCACGGAGGCGGUGGUGACGUUCGUGGGCGAUAACAGCGUGCUGCACCGCCUCAUCGCCGGGGUCGCCGCCAGCAGGGAGAUCAUCAUCGGGCUCUGUGUUCUGGCGCUGGUCCUGUCCAUGGUCCUCAUGGUCAUCAUCCGCUACAUCUCCGCCGUCCUCGUCUGGAUCCUCACCGCGCUGGUCGUCCUCGGCUCCCUCGCGGGGACGAGUGUCCUCUGGUGGCUCUACAUCGACCACCGGCUGUACGGGAACGCCACCAGCAGCCGGGGGAAGGAGGAGCAUCUGGAGGAGGGCGGGGCCAGCAGGGAGGGCGGGGCCAGGGACAGCGGCCAGGCGCUGCUCGUCUACGCCGCCGCCGCCACCGUCUUCACCAUCAUCCUGCUGCUGCUGAUGCUCUUCAUGAGGAAGCGCGUGGCGUUGACCAUCGCUCUGUUCCACGUGGCGGGAAAAGUCUUCAUCCACCUGCCGCUGCUGACGCUGCAGCCCUUCGUCACCUUCCUCGCCCUGCUGCUCUUCUGGAUCUACUGGGUCCUGGUCCUGCUGUUCCUGGGGACCAGCGGGAACCCGGUCCAGAACGAGGAGACGGGGCUGACUGAGUUCCGGCUGACGGGUCCUCUGCAGUACCUGACCUGGUACCACGCCGUCGGCCUGGUCUGGAUCACAGAGUUCAUCCUGGCCUGCCAGCAGAUGACCGUGGCCGGAGCCGUGGUCACCUACUACUUCACCAGGGAUAAGAAGCGUCUCCCGGUGACGCCCAUCCUGUCGUCGGUGCUGCGGCUGCUCAGGUAUCACCUGGGAACCGUCGCCAAGGGCGCCUUCAUCAUCACGCUGGUGAAGAUCCCCCGCCUCCUCCUCAUGUACCUGCACAACCAGCUGAAGGGCAAGGAGAACGCGUGCGCUCGCUGCCUGUUGAAGACGUGUAUCUGCUGUCUGUGGUGUUUGGAGAAGUGCCUCAACUAUCUCAACCAGAAUGCGUACGCAGCGACGGCCAUCAACAGCACGAGCUUCUGCACGUCUGCACGCGACGCCUUCGUGAUCCUGGUGGAGAACGCGCUGCGCGUCGCCACAAUCAACGCCGUGGGAGACUUUGUGCUAUUCCUGGGGAAGAUCCUGAUCGUGACGUCGACGGCGUUCGCCGGCGUCCUGCUGCUGAACUACCAGCGGGACUACGCCGAGUGGCUGCUGCCGCUCAUCAUCGUGUGUCUCUUCUCCUUCCUGGUGGCGCACUGCUUCCUGUCCAUCUUCGAGAUCGUGGUGGACGUCCUCUUCCUCUGCUUCGCCAUCGACACCAAGUACAACGACGGCACGCCGGGGAAGGAGUUCUUCAUGGACAAAGCUCUGAUGGAGUUCGUGGAGAGCAGCCGGCGGUUAGAGCGUGCGGUGGAGCGUGGGCGGAGCCGGGUCAAGGAGGCGGUGUCUGAGGGGGCGGAGAUGAAGCCCAUGGUGAGUGACAGCGGAGGGGGCGUGGCCAGGCGGAGGAGCUCGUCGACGGAGGUGGUGGGGGUGGGGCUGGACGGGGGCGGGGGGGAGUGGGAGGAGCUUCAGGAGUUCCAGGUGUACUUCCUGCUGGUGGGGGUGCUGGUGGACUGGGUGCUGACGGAGCAAAGCGGCUUCGUCCUCUGUCUCAGCGAGGACGUCGUCCUCUUCCUCUGCGUCUACCUGCCCACCUCCACCCUCUUCCUGUUCGUCAGCCUGCUGCAGCCGCCAAGUCCCGCCCCCUUCACGCCCAGCAGCAAAGCCGCCGCCGUCACCGCCGCAAGCUGACACGUGCUAACUGAAGCAUGCUAACAGACAUCUGCUAACUGAAGCAUGCUAACAGAACUUGCUAACUGAAGCAUGCUAGCAAACAUGUGCUAACUGAAGCAUGCUAAUAAACACGUGCUAAAUGAAGCAUGCUUACAGACACGUGCUAACUGAAGCAUGCUAAUAAACAUGUGCUAACUGAAGCAUUCUAACAGACACGUGCUAACAGACAUGCUAACUGAGGCAUGCUUCCUGCUGCAUUGGAUGAACAGCAGCUCAUGCUAACCUCCUGCCCUCCAUCAUCAUCACCAUCAUCAUCAUCUUCAUCUUCACCUCUGUGACUCUUUGACUUUCUGUGUUCAUAAUUUAUUUUUCUACUUUUCUACGUUUUCUAUAUCUUUAAUCUUCUGCUGCAGCUGUUGUUGGGCCUUGUUUUGUCACCGCGGUGCUUUUAAGGACUCGGCAGAUAAUCAGAAAACUCAGUGAUGAGCUUUGUGUUUACAUCAACAUGUUCCAAUGUUUUAUUACGUGACUCAAUAAAAUACAAACAGAAGUCAUAACGAGGUAAAACUGCAUUUAUUUAAUGUUGGAUUGAGGUGUCUGCUGGGUCCUAGCUCCCUCCAUUUCUCACACCUGAAGUCAUGGAGCCAAACUACAAACACUCAUUAACUUUAAUUAGACUCAUUAUUCAAUCACCAGGAUCAUGGUUAGUGACUCGAAACGACCACAAAGAGACUCAGAACAACCACAAAUACUCAAAACCACCACAGAGACUUAAAACAGAGACUCAGACUCACCACUGAGUAAUUCAACAUGAAUAUUUUUAAUAAAUAUAAAAAGACGUGUUUGGUGGGCGUGGCCUCAUGACCUCAGUGCUCGUUUACAUCCUGCUCUGGCCUCUUUUGAUUGGUCAGACUCACCACAUGACUACCCAUGAUGCUUGGCUGUCACCUCCAUCACCUGCUCACCGUGUCACUUCCUGUCUGAAGGUUGUAACUGGCGUGGUUUCCUGUUUCAGGCUCCGGGGACGAGUUCAGCUUGACCAAAAUCAGCCAAUGGGACUUCUUCUUACAGAAAAGAGACAUUCCAGAAGUUUAUUUUUACCAACGUGUAACAUGUUUACUAUGGUUUCACUCCAGGGAAAACGAUAUUUUAAUAAGAAACUGUAAAAACGUAACAAUGUAAUGAAGCACUUUAUAUCGAAGCGCUGCAGAUUUUAAACCGGCUGAUGCAUUUUUUCGUAGUGAUGUCCUUUUUUAUAAACACGUUUGUUUUUUAUUAACUCACCUGGACGCCAUGUUGGAUCAGGAGCGCUGUGAUGUCAUCAGAGGGGCGGGGUCUGCGGACAGCCGCUCCACCUCUGAUUGGUGGAUGAGAUCUGUCAGCUGGUGUCGGAGGUCAAAGGUCAGCUGAUCGGACGCACUGCGAUCGAUGGAUGCGGUUGAUUGACUCGAAACAACCACAGAGAGACACAAAACAACCACAAGACUCAAAACAACCACAGAGAGACACAAAACAACCACAGAGAGACACAAAACAACCACAGAGAGACUCAAAACAACCACAGAGAGACACAAAACAACCACAGAGAGACACAAAACAACCACAAGACUCAAAACAACCACAGAGAGACACAAAACAACCACAGAGAGACACAAAACAACCACAGAGAGACUCAAAACAACCACAAAGACUCAAAACAACCACAGAGAGACUCAAAACAACCACAGAGACUCAAAACAACCACAGAGACUCAAAACAACCACAAAGACUCAAAACAACCACAAGACUCAAAACAACCACAAAGACUCAAAACAACCACAAAGACUCAAAACAACCACAGAGAGACUCAAAACAACCACAGAGACUCAAAACAACCACAGAGACUCAAAACAACCACAAAGACUCAAAACAACCACAAAGACUCAAACCCACCACAGAGAGAGUAGUGAUCAGUUUCUGCGCCGCGGUGACGUCCGUUUCCUGAUGACGACAUCACGGACCGCCUGGACGCGGUCAACAUGUGGUUUCAGAGCGCUGCGAUCUUUGGGGGCGGAGUCUCAUCAACGUUUCAUCAGCAUCCCCGUAGAGCGCCGGUCCUGACGCUCCAAAGACUCGCCAUGAGCGCCGUGGAGAAUCACCGUGAAGACGUUAAAACAUAAUCACUGAACCGCGGCGGUCGGCUUCAAUCAUUCCUGCUCGCCGCCAACGUUUUAUCAGAUCAACAAAACAACAAAAAAACGCUCGAAUCGUUUUACUUUUUACUUCUCAAACGUCGUGUUUCAGACGGCGUGUUGUGUCUCAACGCCUCUUAUUGGCGUGGAGUCUGGCGUGCGUCGGCGUCUGGUCAGCUGAUCUGUGAUGAUGAUGACUGUUGCCGUCAGCUGUCGUCUCCACCUGGACACGACUUCCUGUCCCGGAGGUCGACCUCUUCAGCAUCACGUGUCGCCCGUUGAACCAGAGAAGAAGAAGAAGCAGCGUGGGCGGAGCUUCCUGUGGAGGUGGCGGCUGAGUUCAGACAGUCAGCAAUAAAACUAACUGCAUCAUGUGACCACGACGUCAUCAACAACAACGACGAGUCUUCCUGCUUCUGUUCCACGUGUUCCAGGUUCCAUGGCGAGCACGCCGUCCCAGGCAGGAAGUGGACUGUCUGAGGUUUUCCUGUCCCAACUGUCUGACCAGGGCGGCUGAUUGGACGACGCGCCAACAUCACGAGAGCUCAGAGACAGGAAGUGGACCUCUGAGUCACACGGGACGCCAUCAGCUGGUGGCGAGGUGUUGGCGUGAUGCUCUGUUGCCCAACGCGUUGCCUGCAGGCUGAAUCCAAACAUCCAGACCUUCAGCUGAAGGAAAUAAAAUGAUUAUUAAAAUGAUUAUUAUUAUUAUUAUUAUUAUUAUUAUUAAUAAAGGUAAAAGAGUGACGAGCUGCAGGUUGGUGACUGAACUCACCUGGAUGAUGUCAUCAUCUGUUUCAUUGUUUUAUCUUGUUAAAUAUUCAUAUUUUAUUCCCCGCCGUGUCCGGUGAACUGAUGAAACUUUAUGUACUUUACAUCAUUACUUUACAAAAAGUAAUAAGGUAAAUUUUUUCACCAAUUUCCCUUUGAAACCGAAAAAUAAAAGCCUUCUGAAAUCAACAAACUACUUUUAUACUUUAUGUAUAAUGAUGUGUGCUAUUUUUAGAAUAUUAAAUUAUUAAAUUAACUGAAGCCAAGAUCAGCUUAAACAGAAUAAAUAGCUGUCACAAACAUUUCAGCUCCCAAAUAAACAUGACGUUUACCUUUUAAAAACAGGUAAAACCUUCAGGAGUUACAUCACUUCCUGAACGAGCUGUCAGUCACCUUGUAGCCCCGCCCCUUCAUCAUUUUCUCAUAGACCUCCUAUACAGUCCGCCGGUGGCGUCCCAGACUGGGUUCACUUCCUGUCUGGAUGUUUGGAUUCAGGACUGGACGUGUUCCCGUGGUGCUCUGAGUGGCGAGCGGCGUUCUGUGUUUGUGUUUCCAGGCUGCGACUGUUCCCAUCAUGCUUCACUUUCUCACUGAGAUUUAAGUAUUUCCAGCAUGUUUGUUAGAGUGAGUCAGUGGUCACAGGGCGCCGUGCUCCGAGCAUGCUCAGUUUACUAAUUGCACUAAAGAUGGAGUUGAUUGAACACUGACGUCAGUUUAAAGUAGCUGUAAGUAUUUUAGAUGAAACGUGUUUGUAGCUCAGAAAUAUUAACACACACAUUUAUUCAUUUAUUCAUGUUAAAACGUCCCGAAAAUACAAAAAGGCUUUCGGCUUCACAGCGCUCAGUUCCAUCGAGUGACCGGAUUAACUCGUUGACCACUGUCUCCGGGCAGAUUAACUCGUUGACCUCGGUCUCCGGGCAGAUUAACUCGUUGACCACUGUCUCCGGGCAGAUUAACUCGUUGACCUCGGUCUCCGGGCAGAUUAACUCGUUGACCUCGGUCUCCGGUCAGAUUAACUCGUUGACCUCGGUCUCCGGGCAGAUUAACUCGUUGACCUCGGUCUCCGGGCAGAUUAACUCGUUGACCUCGGUCUCGGGGCAGAUUAACUCGUUGACCGCUGUCUCCGGGCAGAUUAACUCGUUGACCUCGGUCUCCGGCCAGAUUAACUCGUUGACCUCUGUCUCCGGGCGGAUUAACUCGUUGACCUCUGUCUCCGGGCGGAUUAACUCGUUGACCGCUGUCUCCGGGCAGAUUAACUCGUUGACCGCUGUCUCCGGGCGGAUUAACUCGUUGACCUCUGUCUCCAGGCGGAUUAACUCGUUGAUUUCAUCCCAACAGCAGAGAAACAAUCAGCUGAUUGAUUAUUUUUAUUAUUAAUCUGUUUUUGAGUCACUUCAUCGUUUCCCCUCUGAAAAUAAGUAAAUAUUAAACACAUUUCUGUAGUUUGAGAUAUAAAACAAAAAUAAUAUUUUACAUUUUUUAUCAAACGUGAAACAUCAAAACUGAAUCAAACCUGUUAUCGAUUAUUAUUAUUAUUGAUCAACUGUUGGAAUGAAACCGUUCGGCUCCUCGGUCGCCUGCUGACCAAUAAUCUGUUUCAUUCAACAAAUCCGACCAAUCAGCACACAGCAUCAGGCCCCGCCUCCGGCAGGGGUCAGAGAUGCUCCAAUCAGAAAGUCCGAACAAAUUAUUGAUCCGAUAUCGUCAGAAUCACAGUAAACUAACCGUUAGUUUAUUCAGUGAUUAGCUUACGGUUAGUUAGUUAUUUCACUGUUAGCUUAGCCUGCCAUUAGCUUUCUUUUAGUAAGAAAAUGUUAAAGACGUUAAAGACACAUUAGCGAAAGCAAAACUUCCAUCAACAGGACGUGAACGCUGUUUUACCGCCGGCACGACAAAAAAUAAACAUUUUAAGAUAAAAACGGUUUAAGAUAAAAACGGUUUCAGAUAAAAACGGUUUAAGAUAAAAACGGUUUCAGAUAAAAACGGUUUCAGAUAAAAACGGUGUCAAAUAAAAACGGUUUUAAAUAAAAACAGUUUCAGAUAAAAAGGUUUCAGAUAAAACGGUUUCAGAUAAAACUGUUUCAGGUAAAACGGUUUCAGAUAAAAACAGUGUCAAAUAAAAAUGGUUUUAAAUAAAAACUGUUUUAAAUAAAAACGGUUUUAAAUAAAAACGGUUUUAAAUAAAAACGGUUUUAAAUAAAAAAUGUUCCAGAUAAAACAGUUUCAGAUAAAACGGUUUCAGACAAAACGGUUUCAGAUAAAACGGUUUCAGACAAAACGGUUUCAGAUAAAACUGUUUCAGGUAAAACGGUUUCAGAUAAAAACGGUUUCAGAUAAAAACGGUUUCAGAUUAAAACGUCUCGUGGUUUUAAACACCAACAUGUUUUGCUGCCUCUUGAACUCGUUAAUCUGUAGAUUUCUUCUCUGAGUUUCGGGCCGAAAAGAUUAAAGUUUAAAAAGUUAAAUAAAUGUUGAAAGUGAAGUCAUUACGAGACGUUGAUACAGGAAGUGACAGUAAAACGUGACGUACUGAAGUUGGUUCUUCUAAUAACGUGGUUCAGUUUCUGUCAGUUUGUCCCUCAGAGACUUUCUCGUCCUCGUCGUGUCGUUCAGAUGGCGGCCACUAGAGGGCGCCGACACACGUUAACACUCGAGGACGAGCUGAUAACAAGCUGCUGAUUCUGAGAA